CUUAUUUUAUUUUUUUGCAUCUUUUUGAUCUGACCCGAACAAUAUACUAUGUGCACAAAACAUUUAAAUCGUAUUAAAAUAUUGUUUAUGAACUUUAGCCAAUCAUUUCUUUUCUGGUCCAGUGGAAAAAAAAAACUAUUUUUUGUGACUUGUUAAAAUGAUCGAGCAAACGGCCAUAAAUAAAUGGAUAUAUAAAAAAGAGGGAAUUUAUUCAAACGACGUGUCUUCUAAAGAUUGUUCAAGUUGUUUAAAUGUUGCGAUUUGCAUCAUCAAAGCCACCGACAGGGGCUACAACUAUUGUAAAUAAUAAUAAGAAAAGCUGUAAUUCUUAUAAAGAUGCUUACCUUUCAGCGAUGGAACGAUACAAUAAACGUUAUUUAAUUACACUUUAUCUUUCUUCACUUUUUUUUUCGAUUUUAUUUCAAGCAAGAUUCACAUUCAGUUUUUAUACCAUUGUCUUUUCAUGGUCUACAUUAUUUUUUUCUUUGUUACUUUUCUUUACUGGUUUAAUUUUAUCAUUUAUACGCAAUAUGAUGUUCACAGUUUUUGAGCCAGUAUAUCCCAGUUAUCUUGCUGAAAUAAUAGCAACAUGGACUUCUUUUGACAAUUGGAUUCUUUUCGCAAUUCAUAGUGUUCUUUCUCUUGUUAUUAUUCGUUCUUAUUUUUACUGGAUUUUGAAUGAAACAUAUACUUCUUCUUUCCUUAUACAGCCUCCAGGACAUUAUUUUGGUGCACGUCAAUUGAAUCAAGAAAAUAUUUUCAUAACACUUUAUUGUAUCAUUCUAGCUUUCAACUACACUUAUCAUUAUCUAGCUGAAAAGUCGUACAUUAUUAAGAUCAAUAAUGUUCAGCAACCUUUUCAAUAUGAAUUUAAGAGUAGUAUUGCUUCGAUACUUUAUAAUUCUGCCAAAAGAGCCAUUUAUUCAUUUAGAAAUACCUACGUUACAUUCAUUAUCUGUAAUGGGUCAAUUUAUUAUUAUGCUGCUCGAUUCUUUGGUUUUUAUAACAAAGUAUUAGAUUCACCUAUUGUAGGCUUCCGUUGGAUUGAUCUUCAUCUUUUUCUUCGUUUAAUCAUGGCUGGUACUGUUACAAUGUGUGUAUUUAAGACCGCCAACCGUUUAUAUGAUGCUGUCUAUGCUAUUACUUUCCCAGUAACAAAUGCUUAUUCUAAUCAAUUUGAUUGUCUUAUUCAUGGUCUAUCUGAAAGUAAACCUAAUGCUCAAGUGGCUGCAUUCUCGGAACUUGCUGUCCUUGCUUGUAAGUAUCCUGAAAAACGCGUCGAGUUAUUCCGUUGUAUUGGAAAAGAUUUGAAGGAUAAUGCUUGGUAUAAAAUUAUGACUGAAUGCAUUAAGGUGAUUGAUGAAUUAAGAGCAAAGAUUGAUGUAGAAUAUAAUGGUGUUCAACCAGUUACUCCACCUACACCUAUUGAUAAGCCUAUUCAACAACAACAAGCAUAUAAUAGAUUAGAAUAUUCAGAAGGAAAUAUUUUCGCAACUCAAAGAAAGAACUUUUCUCGCUUAGAUGAUAGAACGGGCGCUAUUUUCUCCAAUGUAGCAGAACAAGCUGAAGAAGUUUCUACUUCCACAAUUCCCAGAGCUCAAAUGUUUACUCAAAAGAAAUGGGAAGCCAUUAGUCAAAGUCAAAUCAUAAAGAUGUUGAAAGAAAUUGAGGUGCAAGUAGGCUAUGUUGGAUAUCUUAAAGGUAUUUAUGGAGAGACAGUAAGACGUCGUAUUCAAAGUGUGUUCAAUAAAUAUCAACUCGUUAUUUGGGCGGUUCAAGCACUUGGUAGUCUAGCUGCCUCCUCUUUGAAAGAAGAUCCUUUUGGAUAUGUGCAGAAUGAUCUUUCUCAUGUUUUAAAUACUUUAUUGGGAUGUUUAGUCGAUAUUGAGAGAUAUUUGAGAUCUCCUCCUACAAAAUACAGUGAAUUGGUAAAGGAAGAUAUGGCUGUUGAUGAAGCUCAUGCUGUGCUUAGAGCUUUACGUGAGGCAAUUUUCCAAAUUAAAAUCGCUUUUAGUGAUUAUCUUGAAGAAUUCCAAAUUGAUAGAAAAUACAAAAAUGCUUUCAUUGAAUUAUAAAAAAAAAAGCAAACUCUUGACUUAAAGACUAAUAUUCACAUAAAUAAAAUUUGAAGAAAAGAAAAGAAAAAAAAGAGUAUAUAAAUAAUGAAAGUAUAUUGCUGUAAAAG